GGGAAGUAAAUGCUGUCGAGACGAUAAUAUACAAAUAAAAGGUUUGAGUACAGAAAUUUCAUGUAGAUGAAAUGUAAACAGCUCAGUAUCCAGAUGUAACUAUACCACCCGGCCCCAAAUAAAAAGAAUCACUUUCACAAUAAGGAAGCAAAAAUUCUCAAGUCUAAGAAAUAAUGGCUCCUAUUGACAAAAAGUAGAAUGAAUAUGAGUUAGGGAGUGAAAUUCAUGUGGAUAAGGAAUAAAAGCAAGUUGCUACUGUGGUUUAGGAACAAUAAUAAAAAAUUGAAGAGAUUGUUUAAUCUCAAAAAAUGACCAUUGACUAGAGUAACCAUUGAUUUAAAUUAUAUAGUUAAAAAAGAAGUGCAGAGCUAAAAUCAGGAAGACAAUUGUGCUAAAUCAAUGGGAAAAAAAUUAAAAUUAGGCGUUGAGACAUUUGUGCAAUCGAAGGUUGGGUCAAUUGGGACACAUUACAAUUUUGGAAAGGUCUUAGGAUAAGGGGCCUUCGGUAAAGUUUGGAAAGUAACCCAUAAAACAACUGGUCUUGUUCGAGCGAUAAAAUAAAUUAAAAAGAGCUCCUUAAUCAAAGAAGAGGAAUCAAGAUUGUUUUCUGAGAUGAAUAUUUUGAAGAACUUAGACCAUCCACACAUAGUAAAACUAUUUGAAUUGUUUCAAGAUGAGAAUAAUUAUUACUUAGUGACUGAGUAAUACAAUUCAAUCAAUAUAGAUAUUUAUCGGGGGGAGAACUAUUUGAUAGGAUAAAAAAGAUGUCCUCAUUUAGCGAGAGUAUUGCAGCAGAUUACAUUAGAUAAAUUCUAUUGGCAACAGUACAUUGUCAUGAAAAAAAAAUUGUUCAUAGAGAUUUAAAACCAGAAAACAUUAUAUUUAUAAGUGAAGACCCUAAAUCCCAACUAAAAGUCAUUGACUUUGGAACCUCAAGAAAGUUUGACAAUUAAAAAGCUAUGAGUAAAAGACUUGGAACAGUAUUUAAUCAAUUUUAAACAGCCCUAUUACAUAGCCCCUGAAGUUUUGGGUCAUUCCUAUACAGAAAAAUGUGACAUCUGGUCAUGUGGUGUCAUCUUGUAUAUUUUGUUAUGUGGCUAUCCUCCAUUUGUUGGUAAAACAGAAAAUCAAAUUUUAGAGAGAGUUAAAAUUGGUAAAUUCACAUUUGAUCGUAAAUUAAAUAAAUUAAUUAUUAGCUGAGGAUUGGGACUCCAUUUCAAAAGAAGCGAAGGAAUUUAUUACCAAAUUAUUGAGAAUGGAUCCUAACAAAAGAUUAUCAGCCAAAUAAGCUUUGGAGGAUCCUUGGCUUGCUAAAUAUGCUCCAUCAACAUAAGUCAAUCGAAAGGUUCUCGAUAACAUUCGUUAGUUUUAAGUGAGUCAUUCUAAUUAUAAUUAAUAUAGGCCUAAACCGUAUUAAAAUAAGCAUUAAUGUCUUAUAUGAUUACAUAAAUGUCUACAUAAAAGGAAAUUUAAGAGUUAUAAAAAGAGUUUCAAAGAUUAGACAUAAACAAUGAUGGAUUCCUAUCAAAAGAUGAAUUUCUUAAAGGAUAUCUGUCGAUUUAAAAUGAUCUCAAAUUGGCUGAAGAAGAAGUCGAAAAAAUACUGGAGAAGAUUGAUAUCAAUCAAUCAGGUUUGAUAGAUUUUUCAGAAUUUUGCAUGGCAGCUAUGAAUUAAGAAAAGCUGCUUUCUGUUUCAAGGGUUGAAUAAGCUUUCAAAAUAUUUGAUUAGGUAUUUAAAACCUCAUAACAAAAUUAGAAUGGAGAUGGAUUUAUCUCUAAAAAAGAACUAGAAAUUGUUAUGGGAGAUUUAGGAGAUGAUGUAUGGAGUUAAAUACUUAGUGAUUGUGAUAAUAAUGGAGAUGGAUAGAUAUCAUACGAAGAAUUUGUAAAGAUGCUCUAGAAUAAAAAACUUUGA